CACACAGACCGAGAGCAGCCCUGACUUUCGCACAUUGCCGACCGAAAUGGCGCCAAACACACAAGGUGCCAUCGCUCUGGUCGAAGCGCAGUUGAAGGACAUCGUGCAAAACCUCUACAACCUCAUCGUGCAGUCGUUUGAUCACCAAGGCGCGCCGACGCAGGAUGCAAUGAAGCGAGAGAUUCAGUCCCUCGUUCAGAGCCUCGUCAAGCUGUCGCAAACCGCGCCGUCCGUCCACGUCGACAUACCGCCCGAAGUGACCGCGUACGUCGAAGGGUCCCGCAAUCCCGACAUCUUCACGCGCGAAUUCGUCGAGACCGUGCAACGCAUGAAUCAGAUGCUGAAAGGCCGGACCAACGCAUAUCGACUGCUGCAGGAGACACUAGCGAAAGACCUCAUCGACGGGAUCCCCGACCUGAAGAGCGAUGUCAUCAAGGUCGUCGAGGCGACGGGAGGAAGGGUUCCUGUUUGAGCAAACCGUGCCGUGCUCCAUGGGGCAUUCGCCCUCGCAUCGAGGCCGCUCGUCAGAACUGUGAGCGUCGCACCUAGACUCGCUGCCGAAAGUGGCACGAUUCUCUGCCCAUUCCGUUCGCGCCUUUGCCUCACCGUCCAUCAAUUGCCUCGGUGAGCGAAGAACCGUUCGCUCACCCCCUCCCAAAGCCCCGCCGAAGAAGGGCCACGGCUAGCCGGCUCGCCGUCAUCAUUAUUGGCGUUCGUGUU